GAGCCUUCUGCCGCCUCCUGCUUUCUGCUUUCCUCCCCCGCGCCUUCCUCCGGUGGAUAUGGACAGAAGGGGGAUCACUGCAGAGAAGCAGCAGCCGCCAGAACAUAUUUGAGCCCCGGGUGCUCGGAGCGUGGCACAGACUUUUUGUGUUUCCGUGGGUGGUGUGUGUGUGUGAGUGAGUGUGUGAGUGUCGGAGGUGUGGGAGGAGGGAUCGGUUUGCCUGGGGGCUGGCUGAGGGGGUGAGUGCUCGGAUGAAGACCUCUUUUUGCCGUGAUUCUCUGCUCCAUCGGGGCAGCUUGGAGACUUGGAGGGUUUGAAAUUGUAACGAACCAAGAGGAAAGAAAGAAGAGAGAGACACGCAUACAAAAGGAUUUAUUUCCUCUCCGUUAGUGGAUUGCUGAGUGGGAAGGAGAAAAAAAAAAACAAGGAAACUAAAAAAUGGAGACUGUAAGUAGAAGCAGCUUCCAGCCUCAUCCAGGACUGCAGAAGACCUUGGAACAGUUUCAUCUGAGCUCUAUGAGCUCCCUGGGUGGCCCUGCUGCUUUCUCAGCACGAUGGGCACAGGAGAUGUACAAGAAAGACAAUGGCAAAGACCCCGCGGAACCUGUACUGCAUCUGCCCCCAAUCCAGCCUCCUCCGGUCAUGCCCGGUCCCUUCUUCAUGCCCUCGGACAGAUCCACAGAGAGGUGCGAGACCAUCCUGGAAGGGGAAACCAUCUCCUGCUUCGUGGUGGGUGGAGAGAAGCGGCUUUGCUUGCCCCAGAUCCUGAACUCGGUGCUCAGGGACUUCUCCCUGCAGCAGAUUAAUUCGGUGUGUGAUGAGCUGCAUAUUUACUGCUCCAGAUGCACUGCUGACCAGCUGGAAAUCCUCAAAGUCAUGGGCAUCCUGCCCUUCUCCGCUCCUUCCUGCGGGCUCAUCACGAAAACUGACGCUGAGAGGCUUUGUAACGCCUUGCUUUAUGGUGGCACCUAUCCUCCCCACUGCAAGAAGGAAUUCUCGAGCACAAUUGAGCUGGAGCUCACGGAGAAGAGCUUCAAGGUGUAUCAUGAGUGCUUUGGGAAGUGUAAGGGACUCCUGGUGCCAGAGCUUUACAGUAACCCCAGCGCAGCCUGCAUCCAGUGCUUGGACUGCAGGCUCAUGUACCCACCUCACAAAUUUGUGGUCCACUCUCACAAAUCGCUGGAAAACAGGACUUGCCACUGGGGCUUUGACUCUGCAAACUGGAGAUCCUAUAUCCUCCUCAGCCAGGAUUAUACUGGGAAAGAGGAGAAAGCUAGACUGGGCCAGCUCUUAGACGAAAUGAAAGAAAAAUUUGACUAUAACAACAAAUACAAGAGGAAAGCCCCCCGGGUCUCUUCAGAUCCUCCUGCUUCCAAAAAGCCCAAAACAGAUGACUCUGCUUCCCAAUCUCCAGCUUCUUCUGAGAAGGAGAAACAGUCCAGUUGGUUACGGUCCUUAUCCAGUUCAUCCAACAAGAGCAUCGGGUGUGUGCACCCCCGGCAGCGGCUCUCGGCGUUCCGGCCCUGGUCCCCCGCGGUGUCGGCCGGCGAGAAGGAGCUCUCGGGCCACCUCCCCGCCCUCAUCCGGGACAGCUUCUACUCCUACAAGAGCUUCGAGAGCGCCGUGGCCCCCAACGUGGCCCUGGCCCCCCCAGCCCAGCAGAAGAUCGUGAGCAACCCCCCCUGUGCCACCGUGGUGUCCCGGGGCAGCGACUCCCUGAGCUCUGCCCAGCCCAGGAAAAGGAAACACGUGGAACAUGUGGCUGCUCCCGAGGCCACGGCCCCGGCCCCCGAGGAGGACAAGGAGUCGGAAGCAGAAAUUGAAGUAGAAACCAGGGAAGAAUUCACCUCCUCCUUAUCCUCGCUCUCCUCCCCAUCCUUCACUUCAUCCAGCUCUGCCAAGGACAUGAGCUCCCCUGGGAUGCAGCCCCCCGUGCCCGUCAACAGCUCCUACGAGGUGGCAGCACACCCUGACUCCCACAGCAGCGGCCUGGAAGCUGAGCUGGAGCACCUCAGGCAGGCCCUGGACAGUGGCCUGGACACAAAAGAAGCCAAAGAGAAAUUCCUGCACGAGGUGGUGAAGAUGAGGGUGAAGCAGGAGGAGAAGCUGAACGCGGCCCUGCAGGCCAAGCGCAGCCUGCACCAGGAGCUGGAGUUCCUGAGGGUGGCCAAGAAGGAGAAGCUGCGGGAAGCCACCGAGGCCAAGCGCAACCUGCGGAAGGAGAUCGAGCGCCUGCGGGCCGAGAACGAGAAGAAGAUGAAGGAGGCGACGCAGUCGCGGGUGCGGCUGCAGCGGGGAGCUGGGAGCAGGCCGCGGCAGAUCCGCGUGUGCGACAAGGGCUGCGAGGCGGGGCGCCCGAGCAAGUCUCGGCCAAUCGAGGACCUGCAGGUGAAGCUGCAGCACGCCGAGGCCGACCGGGAGCAGCUCCGCGCCGACCUCCUGCACGAGCGGGAGGCCCGGGAACACUUGGAGAAGGUGGUCAAGGAACUUCAGGAACAACUGUGGCCUAAGUCGAGCAGCCAGCCCAGCAGCGAGAGCACCUCGAGCCCCAUGGAGAACUGAGCCCCGGGCAGGGCAGGGCGGGAGCGGCGCCGCAGGGCGGGCGCGG